CCUGAUAAACGACAGUUAGCCCGGCUGUCGGUUAGCCCGGCUGUCGGUUAGCCCGGCUGACCGUUACACGGACGUUAGACGAGCUCGUGACGAAAGAGUUAACGUUAGCGCCGUGCCAACGGCUGUUCUGUUAGCGCGAGCGCACAGUUUGUGUUGACACGAGUUGAGAAACGUUUGUCUCGUGUCUACAGCGAACAGUCCAAAUCUCACAGUGUUUGAUUUGCAUAACUCGGGUUAUAUAUUUAUAUUUAUAUAAACUAUCUCACCGUUACGCCACAGCCAAUCAUAGCAGCACCUGACAGCACCUGACUCCGCCUCGUUUAUAGGCAGGUUAUAACAAAUCAAACAGGUUUUCUUCAAACCUUCAGCACCUGCACGAAACCUGAAUUAUUUUAACUGUCACUAGUUUAAAGUUAAAGAGCAUCAGCAUCAUCUGCGACACCAGCGGACCUGCCAGAAAGUUUAAUUUUAUCAAUACAGCAGAGCCAUGAAGAAUCUGAGGAAUCUUUGGACCAAAGCCGGUAUUUUGGGUUCAGUGUCGAUGGCUUUUGGUUCAAUCCUCUGGUCACAGAAGAAGCCCGAGUCGGAUCAGUGUUCUUCCAGUUGCACCGCGGAUGACACAACUACCGGCUCCCCCUACAAACUACAGUUAGUCCAAGUCCUCUUCCGACACGGUGCUCGGACGCCACUUAAGUCAAUUCCCAAUGUGAUGGAGGCCCAGUGGUUGCCAGUGCUCUUGGAGCCUCCAGCAUACACCCACAUCAGCUAUGUAGUGACAGAUCUUCACGGGGGCCCCAAGCCCCCAUCUCCUAUAGAAGACAAGUAUCGGAGCGACACGCUGACUGGCGGCACGUACCCCGGUCAGCUCACCGCGGUGGGCAUGCAGCAGCUGUACGAGCUGGGGAAGAGGCUGAGGAAGAGAUACGUCGAGGAGACUGGUUUCCUCAGCUCCACCUUCAGCCCAGCCGAGGUCUAUGUGCGCUCUACUAACAUUGUGAGGACCAUUGAAUCUGCCAAGUGCCUGAUAGCAGGGCUCUUCCAGCAGAAACAAAAAGAAAUUGUGCAUAUAUUAACAACAGCAUCCGAAUCUGAAAUCCUGUACCCUAACUACCACGGAUGCAAGUUGCUCAAAAUCCUUGGCAGCCACCGCUGGGCAGAGUCGUCCACUCUGCCAGACAUUGCAGCAGACCUGCAGAGCAUCCAGAGCGCGUUGGGCAUCGCUGCUCACCAGAACGUCGACUUCAUCCUCAUUAGGGACGACAUGGUUGCCAGAGAGACUCACGGUCUGCCCUGCCCGCCAGAGCUGGACUCCUGGAGGAAUAAAGUGGAACAGAGAGCGGUGGACAUGGUGUACCAUGUCUUCCAACCCAGCAAGAGGGAGAGCCUACAGCUGUGUGUUGGACCCCUCCUACACACCAUGUUAGCCAACAUUGAGGACAAACUACAGGGCACAUCAGCAGAGUCAAACAGGAAGUUGUAUUUAUACUCGGCACACGACACCACUUUGAUUCCCUGUCUGAUGGCUCUCGGCCUCUUCGACAUGAAAUGGCCACCGUACGCCGCCGACAUCACUCUGGAGCUGUAUCAACACCAGCAGACCAGCAAGCCUUUCGUGAAAGUGUCGUACGCAGGACAGGAUCAACACAUACAAGGUUGCAGCGGAGUCUACUGCCCCCUGGAGGAGUUCAAACAGGUCCUCUCGUCAUACUCAGUGAGCUAUGAACUCUACCAGUCACUUUGUAACAACACGGGGGGCUUGACCGAACCCUGAAGCUUCAACAAACCUCCGUCUUCACACAUCACACAUCAUAAGUUCUCACUCCGUCUCACUCAUUAUACCUCAACUGUUGGACCACACCAGGGGAAACUUUCUUGGGCACACGAGUCCUGGAUUAAAGCCUCUUUGUGAGAUCUACAGAUUUACAUCAAACUUUUAAUUUCCUCAUCUCCACGUAACCAUGGCAGUAAAACGUUCCAUAUAUAGGUCUGUUAAUUUAAUAGUUACUGCAUAUUGUGUUGAACUUGCUUGCUUUUGCUGAUAUCAGAUGAUUGGUGCAUAGGUAUCUGUUUGGCAUGAAGAUGAAAGUUUUUCUUAUCAUCAACAACUAAAUUCAACGUCUGCCCGGCUCUUAGUACCUUCAUAAAACAGGUGACAAGUUAAUAGAUUCAAAGUAUAUCUUAUUACAUAAAACAGCUAGUUUUUGGAAACGGUGCUCUACGAAGAAUAAAUUAUGCAUUUUUGGGGACUAGUUACAGCUGCGUAUUGAUACAUAUGUCUUUUUAGUGAGCAUCUACGGCACCACCACAGUCUACAGUACGUGUGAUUGAUUAAAAAUAUACGACAGAGCCCGUGUUCAUGGUGAUAAGCAUGUGAUCUAGUGACACGAUGUGGCUCCUGAAUGUGGAAUAAACUAUAUAUUUUCCUACACUAUUAAUACUUGUUAGUAGGAUAAAUCAUCCAUUGUUAGUUUUUCCCUUCAGGCGUUAAGAGAAAUAAAGAACAGUAUUAGCCUGUUGCUUCGAGGUUCAAAUCAUUCAGUUCAGUCUUGGACAUUUCAACGGUUGUCACAUCAGACGCCUGUGUUUGAUUUCUGGUCCAAUCAUUCUGCCUGUUUGUGUUCACAAUCAAAUCUUUCAUAUUCAGUUAUUUAAUUCCUCAGGGGCGGGAAAAUACAGAAAGCGGAUUGUACAUUAGUUUGUAGGUGAAUGUCUUCAUAACCACGCAAAGCCUGCUCAAAGGGAAUUAUUCUGCUGCAGUAUGUGUGACGAGUGAAACAUUAGGUUGCCUUCUUGUGUGGAUUUGUUGUUAGUAUCUAAACACAAUAUAAUGUAUGCAUGAUUACAUGCCCAUUAUAUGGACCCGAGUGUUACUGUGUUAAAAUAACACAUCAUAUCUGUUCAGUUGGGAGUUUGCCAUGACGUCCUGCCUAAAAUGUAAAAGUUUUGAUUGGUGAAACAUAAAUAUUUUAAUUGC